AUUUGAUCUCACUUACUCAUAACUAAAUGCAUCAACUCGUGUUUAGUGUGUCUCGUGAUCACUCGAUGCUGAUAUUGAUCCUUGAUGUUGGAGUGUUUAGUAAAGGGGGCAAGUUAAAGUUAAAUAUCUGUAUUACAGCCUUUAAAAAAUAAUUAAAAAAAAAGUUGUCAAAAUAUCUGUCUUCGUUGGCCCUCUACUACUGCAUAUCUGCAUGCAUAUAAAUACCACCCAAAAUCACUUUUCCCUCAACACAAAAAGCCCCUCUUGUGUUCUUGAAAAGAGAAAGAAACAAAAGAACCCCUUUUGUUUAAUUUCUCUUAUUUUUGCAAGAAUGGCAAUUGGUGAGUGCAAAGAUAUCGAGAAUGGGCUUGAGAAGCCUUUUCUUGAAAAUGACAAAAUUAUUGAUUGUGAAGAUGAAGAAGCAAUUAGUUAUAAGGAAGAUGGAUCCAUUGGGAUGGUUUUAUUAAGCACUUGUGUUGCAGUUUGUGGUUCUUUUGAAUUUGGAUCAUGUGUGGGCUACUCUGCUCCAACACAAUCAGAAAUUAGGAAUGACUUGAAUUUAACUCUUGCUGAGUACUCCAUGUUUGGUUCCAUUAUAACUAUUGGUGCCAUGAUUGGAGCUAUUACAAGUGGAAGAAUUGCAGACUUUAUUGGGAGAAAAGGGGCAAUGAGAAUGUCAGCUGUAUUCUGUAUUACAGGAUGGCUAGCUGUUUAUUUUUCCAUGGGAACUUUGGUACUUGACAUAGGAAGAUUCCUAACAGGAUUUGGCAUUGGAAUAUUCUCUUAUGUGGUCCCAGUGUUUAUUGCUGAAAUAGCUCCAAAGAAUCUACGUGGAGGAUUGACAACAAUUAAUCAACUUAUGAUAGUUUGUGGUUCAUCAGUUGCUUACUUACUGGGAACAGUCAUAACAUGGAGAAAUCUUGCUUUAACUGGAAUUCUUCCAUGCACUUUCUUGUUAGUAGGUCUAUUCUUUAUCCCAGAAUCUCCAAGAUGGCUGGCAAAAGUAGGUCUUGAGAAAGAAUUUGAAGUGGCGUUGAGAAAGCUUCGUGGUAAAAACGCUGAUGUUUCUUGUGAAGCUGCUGAAAUCCAGGCUUAUGUUGAUACUCUUCAAAGCCUCCCUAAAACUCGAAUCUUGGAUUUGUUCGGUAGCAAAUACAGAUCUGUCAUCAUAGGUGUUGGAUUGAUGGUAUUCCAACAGUUUAUAGGAAUAAACGGUGUAGGUUUCUAUGCUAGCCAGACUUUUGAAUCUGCAGGACUCUCUGAUAGCAAUAUUGGGACUAUUGCCUAUGCUGUAGUGCAGGUUCCCAUUACUAUUGUUGGUGCAUUUUUGAUGGACAGAUCAGGAAGAAGGCCACUUCUUAUGGUGUCAGCAACGGGGACUUUUGUUGGUUGUUUUUUGACUGGAGCUUCUUUCUAUCUUAAGGGAAAUGGCAUCUUACUUGAAUGGAUUCCAAUUCUAGCUGUAUCUGGUGUACUGCUUUACAUAUCGGCGUUUUCAAUUGGAAUGGGAGCAGUUCCUUGGGUUAUUAUGUCAGAGAUAUUCCCAAUUCAUGUAAAAAGUGCUGCAGGAAGCCUGGUAGUCUUAGUGAACUGGUUGGGCGCGUGGGCUGUUUCUUACACUUUCAGUUUCCUCAUGGCCUGGACUGCCACUGGUACAUUUAUGCUAUAUGCUGGAUUCUCUGUACUUACUGUACUAUUUGUAGCAAAGGUAGUGCCAGAAACAAAGGGGAAAACAUUGGAGGAAAUUCAGGCCAUCAUCAAUUCAUGAAGGUAGAUGUACAUAUUCUUGACUGGAGAUUUCACAAUGUAGUUUAGCCAACUAGAAAGGACCACGGAUGACCCACAUAAAUCAACAAAUGGUUGACGGUGGAGAAACAAAAGAAGGAACGGAAUCAGUGGAAACUUCCCUCCUGUACCAAAAUCGGAUAUCUCAAGAAGAAAGGGAAUUCGACAGUGUAGAUUUUAUUCUAGAUGUUGUAGCAAAUCCUUUUUUUUUUUUCUUCUUUUUUUUAGGUUUGUGUUGUACUGUAGCCAAAAGAAAAAAUAAGUUGUAGAAUGAAAGAUGAUGUUAAAAGCUGCAUUCAGGAAAAAACGAACGUUUCUUGACCGCAAAAAUCACUUUUCUUU